AAAAAAAAAAAAAAAAAAGACUACAGGACUACACUGUUUAUUAUGGCCUGUGUAGUUCUGCCUUAGAAAGAAUUUGAUGUUAAUGAGUUCAAUGGUAGAAAUACUACAAUAAGUCUGAUAAGAAUUUUUAUUAUGUUGUUCUUUAAUGAGAUUACUUGAGCAGGUGUGAAGGUUUACUUGAUUAUGUUGUAAAUAUACAGAAUACAAGGAUAUAUUUUACACUUCACUGGAAAAGUCAAUUCCAAUUGGUACCAAUGUUUUGUGUGGAAAUGUUUGGUGAUGUCUCAGUUACAGUCUGUAAGGGUAUCUGUAAAAUGAAAAAAAACUAUUUUAAACAUAAUUGUUUAUGAGAAUAAAAUAUGUGGUCUGAUAAUAAUGCAGGGAUUUAUUCAAGAUACUUUUUCUUGUACUGUUUAGAGAUGCUUUGCAUGAAGAUUUGUCUAGCAUAAAUACAAUCUUAGUCUCAGUAGUCUCUGAAUUGGCUAUAUGUGAGCUUCAUUUCUCUGCAGUGAUUCUUAUAACUGUAACCAGGGGAGAAUAAAGAUGCAAUUUUAAGUCAAAUAUCUUCCAGGGCUUAGCAGUUCUAACAAGUAAGGUCACUGCUGUAUGUCACCGCUGUUUUGACCUCUAAGGAGCGAGGCAAAGCCCAGCAGUCCCUGGGGACCCCCGGCCAGGUUCCGUGGCUGGAGGGGCCGGGUGUCCCCCUCCGGGCUAGAGCAGCGUUCCGGACGGGCAGGGCAGCGCCGGGGCCGGCGGGCAGCGCUCCCGGGCGGAGCGCGGGCUGUGCGGGCGGGGGCGGAGGGGCAGCGGGCCGGCCGGGCGCUCCGGAGAGGCGGCACUCGGCUGCACAAGGAACCUCGUACCUGCCGGGGCAGCUCUUCCUCCGCCCUCCCUCCUCUUCCUCCUCCUCCUCCGUUUAUUUAUUUCAUUUAUUUUUAUUGCAUUUAUUUGUUUGUAUUCACCGGAAUAAUAAAAAAUGAGAAAAUCCGAGCGCUGCUUUUGGCCGCUCUCCACCAACCUGUCAGUGACGCAAGCGGAGACUACUUAAAGGCAGAUUAGAGGCAGCAAGACAUUAAAGCCAACCUUCCUCCCUCCACGCCGCCGGUCCGCCCGCCGCGCCGCGCCACGAGCCGAGCGGGCCGGGUCGGUGGCGGCUGCCGAGCCGAGCCGAGCCGAGCCGAGCCGAGCCGAGCCGGGGAGCCUCGGCAGGCUGCGCCUCCAGCCGCCCUCCCGCCACCGGACUGCGGGCGGUAGAGACCGGCUGCUCUUCGGCUUGUUUUCCCUCCCCCUGAAAAAAAAAAAAAUAGGAGGGGUGAAAAAAGGCAGAAGUGAAGAGAUCCCCUACGCUUGCCAAAGUCUUUGUCUCCGGAUGAACAGCGAUGGGGGAAUGGACUAUUCUAGAGAGGCUACUGGAAGCUGCCGUGCAGCAGCAUUCUACUAUGAUAGGGAGGAUCCUGCUGACCGUGGUGGUGAUCUUCAGAAUUCUCAUUGUGGCCAUUGUAGGGGAGACGGUGUACGAUGACGAGCAAACGAUGUUUGUCUGUAACACGCUGCAGCCAGGCUGCAACCAGGCGUGUUAUGACCAGGCUUUCCCCAUUUCUCACAUAAGGUACUGGGUGUUCCAGAUCAUCAUGGUGUGCACUCCCAGCCUGUGCUUCAUAACGUACUCCGUUCACCAGUCUGCUAAACAAAGGGAACGGAGGUACUCCACUGUCUUCCUUACCUUGGAAAGGGACCAGGAUUCAAUGAAGCGUGAGGACAGUAAGAAAAUCAAGAACACGAUUGUCAAUGGGGUGCUGCAAAACACUGAGAACUCCACCAAAGAGGCAGAGCCAGACUGCUUAGAAGUGAAGGAAAUCCCCAAUCCUGCUAUCAGAACUACAAAGUCAAAGAUGAGGAGGCAAGAAGGCAUUUCUCGAUUUUAUAUCAUCCAAGUGGUCUUUCGAAAUGCCCUAGAGAUUGGAUUCCUAGUGGGACAGUACUUUCUGUACGGAUUCAAUGUCCCUUCCAUGUACGAAUGUGACAGAUACCCUUGCAUUAAAGAAGUAGAGUGCUAUGUCUCUAGACCCACUGAGAAGACUGUAUUCUUGGUAUUCAUGUUUGCUGUCAGUGGGAUUUGUGUGGUGCUUAAUUUGGCAGAACUGAACCACUUGGGCUGGAGAAAGAUCAAAAUGGCAGUGAGAGGAGUACAGGCAAAAAGGAAAUCCAUAUAUGAAAUAAGAAAUAAGGACCUGCCAAGAAUGAGCAUGCCUAACUUCGGCAGGACUCAGUCAAGUGACUCAGCUUAUGUGUGAGGCUGUGAAAGAACUGAAACACUGUGCCAGGUGGAACAGACCCAGAUACCAUUAGAGAAAGGUACAUUGCUUAGGCAAGCAUUUUAUCAAACCACCAAGAAAGCCAUUAAGGUAUUGGAUCUGCACUUACUGAACCAGCUGCAAAACGCAGCGCUACAUAAAAGACUGAAAAAACAGCUAUAAAACCAUGCUUGACCUAGCCUUACAGCACAGCUACUAUUAUUCCUACUUUUCUUUCUAAUGAUUGGGUUUUAUCUGUCAGUGAAGCAGC